AUGGCACCGGCCGCUACUGGACCUCAAGAGACCGACACGUUGCGUGUGCUCUUGUCCACGGACAACCACUUGGGCUACGCCGAGAAGGACCCCGUGCGCGGCAACGACUCGUUUCGGACGUUCCGAGAGAUCUUACAGCUAGCGCAGCACGAGCGCGUAGACCUCUUGCUGCUCGGUGGCGAUUUGUUCCAUGAGAACAAACCCAGUCGCCAUACCAUGUAUGAAACGAUGCGUCUACUGCGUACUUACUGCAUGGGCGAUAGCGCGGUGAAUUUCACUGUCGUGAGUGACCAGAGCGUGAAUUUUCCAAAUUUCGGGGUCGUGAAUUUCGAAGACCCGAAUUACAACGUCGAAUUACCGGUUUUUAGCAUCCACGGGAACCACGAUGACCCCGCGAGAGAAGGCGGAGGAGACGUGACGCAGUCGCUGGCGGCUCUGGAUCUCUUAAGUGCGGCCAAUUUGGUGAAUUAUUUUGGUAAGAGUGAGAAAGUGGAUGCUGUCGAGGUGUUUCCAGUGCUGUUGAUGAAGGGGAAGACGCGCGUGGCGAUCUACGGACUCGGGAAUAUGAGGGACGAGCGUCUGAACCGGAUGUUCGCGCAGGGAAACGUGGUGUUUCAAAGACCGGUGGAGCAUUCCGACGCGUGGUUUAGUAUCUUUGUGGUGCACCAGAACCGGGACGAUAAAGGACGCGGGAGCAAAAAUUGUGUCCCGGAGAGCGUGAUUCCCGAUUUUAUUGACUUUGUCAUGUGGGGCCAUGAGCACGAGUGCCAGAUUCAGGUGCAAGAGAGUGUCAAAGGGGAGUUUUUCAUUACGCAGCCAGGGUCGUCGGUCGCGACGUCGUUGGUGGAAGGCGAGGCAAAGCCGAAACAUGUGGCAGUGCUGGAGAUUAAUGGCCACAGCUUUCGCAUGUCGAACCGAGAGUUGCAUACGGUGCGACUUUUCAAGAUGGAUGAAGUGAUUUUGAAUGAGGUUGACGAACUGGAAGCGAGUGAUCCGGAUGUAGCAGAACGGAUUAACGAGUACCUGGAAAGCAGAGUGAUUGAAUUGCUGCACGAGGCUGAGCUGGAGCAGCAGGAGAGGCUAAGAGAGCGUGCUAAAGAACGCGAGCGGAGGCAACAGCUGAGUCCGUUUCCGUUGCCAGAAGCUGCAAGUAAGGAAGCGGAAAAGGAGCUAGUGCUCAUCCGUUUGCGCGUGGAACACACCGGCUUUCCUUUGCUGGUCAACCAGCGGUUUGGUGCAAAGUUCGUUGGCAAGGUGGCCAACCCGAACGAUAUUUUGCUGUUCUACCGACGAAAGAAAGAUCGUGUCAACGCUUCUGACAAGAAGUCCAGUAUGGAGCUUGAGAAGUCGCUGAUGGGACGUCCCGUGCGACCCACUCCGCUCGCCGCAGUGACCAUCGAGGAUAUCUUAAGCAAGCAAUUGUGCGCUCCAGAACGAAAACUUGUGCUUUUACCAGAGACUCAACUUGGAAUCGCUUUGGAAAAGUUCACACUUAAGAACAACGCGUCUGCGAUACAGGAGUUUGUAGAUGGCGUGCUGGACGAGACACAACGUGAGCUAAGCGCGAAGAGUGAUGCAAAGUCAGCGCAAAAUAUAAUUAGUGCCGUUGGUAAAAAGAAGGACUACACUAAUGCUUUGCACGCAUUGCAGAAAGAAGAAGAAGAAGAAGCAGAUAAAGAAGAAGACGAGACGAGAGUUGGCGCAGCUGAAGUGUCAGAAAACAGUUUGUCGAUGCACGGAUUCCAGUCAAAGCGGACAACACAGGGCGACAGCGGCCUCGCCGGGUCGCAAAUGGAAUGGUCUGGUACGCCGACCACAAAACAGGUAACACCAAAGAGAAGAAGCACGAAGAAAUCGUCGGUAUUUUCCGACCUUGAGGUCGACAGCGAUGAUAGUCUGCGCAAGGCGAAGGCACGUACGCCUAGAAAAGCUUCGACUCGCGUAGCAAGCAAGAAGCAGACACGCGACUCGUUACUUUCCGAUGACGAGGGCGUGUCUGACGCUGCUGAAGAUGACGGAGAUGAGAGCUACAAAACGGAAGACGGUGGCGAUGAAGAGGAGUAUACGAUGCCAUCGCCAGUGAAACCUCGUGGACGAGCUCCCACUCGAUCGGCAAUAGCCAAGAAACCACAAGCGCAUCGCAAGCGUCCUCGCAAGAGCACCGACGUUGAUGAGGAUGACGAUGAAGACUUCAAGCCCUCCUCUCACAAACGUGCUAACGCUGCGCCACCAAGACACGGAUCGCAAGCAAGCAGGGCAAUGAACUUGUGCUCGGAUUCUGAGACGGAAAGAGCAGCACCUACAAAGCGAAUUCGUCAGACGACGACGAAGAUACCUCAGCAGCCCAAGAUUGAUCACUUUCUUACGAAAAAAGACUCGAAGAAACAUGAGGAAGAAGAUGAUGAUGUUGAAAGCGAUCAUGAGUUUGCGCAGCUUGCUCGAAAGACAGACGCUUGGAAUCAAAGCAAAGCUGGCCCAUCGCAAUCCGAGUCGCAGGUGUCCCAAGCUCGUGGGGGAGCCUCUACACGUCGCAAGCUACCGCUAUCGAUGACCACAGCAUCGCAGUCCCAGUCUCAAGAACCGACGCGUGCUAAGACUACAGCUUCGGCUGCUCGCAAAGGCUGGGGUCGAUCUCGUCGCUGA